AUGGAGCCUCUUAAGGUCGCAUUUCUCGGCCCUGUCGCGUCAUUCUCCCACCAGGCCGCAGUUGAAAGCUUUGGGUCUUCAGCUGAACUUUUACCCCACGUAUCGUUUCCGGAUGCUUUCGCAGCAUUGCAAGGAGGCAACGUCGAUUAUGCUAUCAUCCCUUGCGAGAACUCAACCAAUGGCUCGGUUGUUCAGACUCUAGAUCUCUUGGCGGACCCGAGCGGCCUCUACAGUAAUGUGAAGGUGUGCGGGGAACAUUAUCUGACAGUUCACCACUGUCUUCUCACUCGAAAGGGUCUCUUCCCACCUGGCCAGCGAGAUUACAGCUCCAUCACCAAAUUAUAUACCCACCCGCAGGCAUGGGGUCAGUGUGAUACUUUCCUUGAAAAAACUUUCAAAGGCGUCGAAAGACAAGAUGUCUCGUCAACCUCCAAGGGCGCUGAGAUCGUGUCCAAGGAGACGACAGAGCGAAGUGGAGCAAUAGCUAGUCGCUUUGCUGCCGAGCAUCACGGUCUAGAUGUAUCAGAGGAAAAUAUCGAAGACAAGGCCAACAACACCACCCGGUUCCUGGUGCUCAGAAAUGUGACUUCGGAACGUACAGGUCGGCUGGUCUUCCAAUAUGCCAACGGUUCCCCAGCACAGACAAAAACUUCUACUACACCAACAGCGCAAAAGACUUUGAUCUCAUUUAUGAUUCGCCAGGAUUGCCCGGGUGCCUUGGCAGAUGCUCUCUUGAUUUUCAAGGAUCGUGGGAUGAAUCUGACCAGCAUUAAUUCGCGACCGAGUCAGAUAAGGCCGUGGAAGUAUGUAUUCCUGGUCGAAGGCCAAUACGUUCCAACAAGUGAAAAUGCGGAUGCGGUAUCCAAGAUCAUGGAUGGGCUACAACAUGUAACUGAGGGUUGCAGGCAUUUGGGAACAUGGGCGGAUCAGCUCGUAUAUGUCUAA